UUGCGGUCACGUGCACACUACACAAACAGCAAACCUCGUGUUCUGCUUCCUAUUCACUAAAUGGUUAACAACGCUUAUUCUCAGUAACUUUUGUACGAAUAGACAGAUGAUUUAGUCGUUUAUAAAAGGCCAGCAUGGCAGAAAGGCACCGGGCGCUGCCGACAUGGAUGUCGAAGAAAGAAGAGAAAGUGAAAGAGAAGGAGCCUCUGAAGAGCAAGAGAAAACGGAAAACUGCACGGGCUGUUUUCUACUGUAUGAACGAGAAGGAGCUGGUGGAGGCAGCUGUCUCAUAUCUUACCAAUGGAGCCUGCCACAACAGUGCUUUCCCCACUGACCAAAAGGUGGAAGACAAGGAAAUAGACACCACAGUGAAAAUGAGGAAGAGCCCUGCAAUAAUAAAGACGACGGUGAAGCCAGUGAUUUUAGAGGAGGAGUCUUCAGACAGCGGGGAAGCCCUGGUGUCAAUGUAUGUUUCAGAAACAGACAUGGACAUAACAGAUGUGGAAACAUUGCCAUACACAAAGAGCCAGCAGCAUCAGGGACCUGAGGGACAUAGGUCAGGACCAGUACAGGAUCACAGCGUUCCUGUGAAUGUAGAACUGGAGGCUGAAGAAGAAGAGGGACACUCGCAGGUGCUGGCAGAAGCAGUGCAGGAAGAGGAGGAGGAUGCCUUGCGUCUUGUGCGAGAAAUCUUUUUCAGCUGAUGAUGAACUGAUCAGAAAACCACUGAAAUGUGCACACUAAAAUAUUCUCUUACAUGGGAAAGCCUUUUCUAAUUACAGAUCACCAGACAGUCCAAGCAGUACUUGGAUGCACACAUCAGCUCCUACAUAAAGCCAUACAAUGGAGAACUUAUCCUUUAAUUGAUGCCCCUGGGAUGUUAAAUUAGGACUCAGCUUCUUAAACUGUGGAUGAAAUACAUUUCUAUGUAAAAGGUUUUAACAUAGAAACAAUGUGUAAACUUGUUUUUGACAGCAUAUAACUCAACAAGGCAGUUUACUGUGUGGCUUCACAAAGUCUUUGGUCCAUUCCCAGUUAAUGGUGCUGCUACAUAUCUUACACCACACCGUAUUGCAUGAAUUAACCAUCUGCAGGAUCACUGAUAUAAUAGGCAUUAAAUGGAAAGUCUGUUCCGUCAGAGAACAUGGAAUUUCAAACUUUGACUUGAACUACAUUUAUGAAUAAGAAUGUUUUACUGAAAGCUUUAACCAGAGAGCCAGAACAUUAAAUUGUUGAGAUAAGUGAAAGAGCAGAUUCUUUGAAUGUGAAACUGACAUCAGCUGUGGUCAUGUAACAGUAUGACCACAGUGUCGGUGAUUAGACAGGGAUGCUUUAACUAGAAGACCUUUGCUUUUUGGUUUCCAUGAACAAUCCACUUAAUACUUGAAACUGAGUUCCGACUUACAGCAGUACACUGUAUCUGAACCUGGGGCCUUUUGUACAAACAGAAAUAUACUGUAUCUUUUUCAGUGAAUACGAUCCAGAUUUUCUCUUAAUGACACCACAAGUGAAAUUCAUGACGUAAACUCUCAUACUUAAAUGCAAUUUUAUAUUUGCUUAAUUUCGCAGGGUUUAUCUUCACUUGAUUAAAUGACAAAGUAGCCGUUGUAUGUUUUCUUGAAUACGU